GCGGGCCUAAUCGCCUCAGCCACUGCUCAGACUUAUAGCGAUUGCAAUCCUAUGGAAAAGAGCUCUUGUUCUGCGGACGAAGCCCUCUCCUCCUCAUCCUACUCUGUCGACUUCACCAAGGGCGCCGACGAUGACGCCUGGGAAUCCAUUGGCUCUGGAGAUGUCGACUACACCUCGAAAGGUGCCGAGUUUACCAUCAACGAAAAGGGCGAUGCUCCUACCAUUCAGACCAACUGGUACAUUUUCUUUGGUCGUCUCGAGGUCCAUUUGAAGGCGGCUUCUGGCACUGGCAUUGUUUCAUCUGCUGUUCUCCUAUCUGAUGUUCUUGAUGAAGUUGACUGGGAAUGGCUUGGUGGCAGCUCCGAAGAAGUCCAAACCAACUACUACGGCAAAGGCAACAGCACCUCCGACACCCGCAGCGAAACCCUCGCAGCCGCCGGCUCCCAAACCGCAUCCCACAACUACACCAUCUACUGGACGAAAGAAACCUGCGUCUGGUACGUCGACGGCACGGCAGUCCGAACCCUCAACUACGCCGACGCCCUCGGCGGCGAAAACUAUCCCCAGACACCCAUGCGCAUUAAGCUCGGUAUCUGGGCUGGAGGCGAUUCUGAUAAUGCUGAGGGAACUAUUACUUGGGCUGGUGGAGAGACGGAUUAUAGUGAUGCGCCUUUCACCAUGAUUGUUGAGAGCGUCAAGAUUGAAAACUUUAACCCGGCUGAGAGUUACACCUAUGGAGAUCAGACGGGAGAUUAUGGCAGUAUUGAGUUGGAUGAGACGGACAAGUCUGAGACCAAGUCAAAGACUUCUACCAAGACGACGACUUCAACUGGCUCAUCGACCGAAACU